CAUUUCAUUUAUUCUUCUGUAUAAAUAUGACAUGUGAAGGAGUCAAACCCAAUUUUAACUCAAAAUAGAUCGUCUAAUAUGACUCAUAAAACUUCGGAUCACCACAAGACUAUUUCCUCUGUGUAUCUUUCAUGUUUGCACUUUCCACAUCUAACCAUUGACACUAUCUCUCUUAAUCCUUUGCACUUAUCUCCCUGAUCAAAUCCUGAUCAUUAUUGAUUGGUGAGAGGUUGACUUUUAUUUUCUUUUCUGGGUGUUCUCCAUUUGUACUUUCAUUUCAUCUCCUCCAUUUUUUCCCUAUCUUUUGUAUCAACACUUCUUACUUCUUCUUUGAGCAAUGUUUAACUAUCAAAUGGUUGUUACAUCAUUAGUCCAUUCUUGAAUUAUAGAGAGGCAUUAGGUUGUUUUGCUUUAAUUUGGGAUUUCAUUUUUUUCCCCAAUGAUUUUGUAAGUUUGGUUUUCUUUUUGCGGGUAUUUUUGCCAUUCCAAGGCUACUUGGGUUUAUGUGAUUAAGAGAGAGAAAAACUAAUUAAGAAAGGAAAAGAAAGCAAAAAAUGGACAAAAAUGAGGAGGAAGUUUCAGGAGAGAAAUUGCCUGAAAAAAAUGAGGCAAAGGAGACUAAAGGUAAGGACCAUGAGGAAGAUGAAGAUGAUGAUCAUGAUGAAGAAAGAAAGAUUGAAGUGGGACCUCAAUACACACUCAAAGAACAACUUGAAAAGGAUAAGGAUGACGAGAGCUUGAGGAGAUGGAAGGAGCAACUUCUUGGUGCUGUGGAUAUUGAGGCUGUCGGAGAAACUUUGGAUCCCGAAGUGAAGAUUUUAAGUCUAGCAAUCAAAUCCCCUGAUAGGGAGGAUAUUGUGCUUUCGAUCCCAGAAGAUGGAGAUCCCAAAGGUUGUUGGUUCACCUUAAAAGAAGGUUGUCGAUAUAGUUUACUCUUCACCUUCGAAGUCAAGAAUAACAUAGUGUGCGGGCUAAGAUAUACCAACACAGUUUGGAAAACCGGUGUCAAAGUUGAUAGUACGAAGGAGAUGCUUGGAACUUUUAGUCCACAAGCAGAAACUUAUACACACGAGAUGCCCGAGGAGACUACUCCUUCCGGCAUGUUUGCUAGAGGAUCAUACUCAGCUAGAAGUAAGUUUGUGGAUGAUGAUAACAAAUGUUACUUGGAGAUCAACUACACCUUUGAUAUUCGUAAAGAAUGGCUGCCAACAUAAACGCAACAGAGAGAUUGGUCUAAUCGCAUGCUUGGAUGACAAGAUAAUUUUUGAGGACUUCAUAUUGUUAAAAUUUAUUUUUGUGUUAUGUUUAUGUUAUAUUUACAAUUAGCAUUGUACGAGACUUUGUCUGCCUUUAUUUUGUCAUUUUGAUCGAAAAAGCCAAGAGUUCUUUUUUUAUCGUAUCGGUUGAAAGUUUGUAUGAGACUAUUUAUUAAACAAUUGUGAGGUAUAUGUUCUUCCAAAUCGAAAUCAUUAUGUGAUCAAUAAAUACGGAUCAAAGAAUUCAUUGAGCAAAAUCGUACGAUACAUCCUCUCCAUUUUAUGAAUGGAAAAUCUCCAGUCCUUGUCUGACGGGGAUUGAAGAAGAGAGCAUUAUGGUCUUUGAGAUAUGUGGAGCAUGACUUAUAAAAUUACUAGUUUUAGUUAGAGCUCUCGUAAAACCAUAACUAGUUUGAUAUCCGGUUUCUACAUAUUUUCAUGAUUAGUAACUACUUCACCGACCGGAGGUUGGGCCACACCCUGUUUAGUAAAUGAGUUGCGCAGAAACAACCUCAUGUUAUACUUGUAUUUAGAUGUGAUAUCGGUCCUCAUAAGUUAUGUCCAAUUUUAUCUAUGUCGAAGUUUGGGGUAUUCAUGAUGGGUAUGCUCGUAUGAUGGAGGGUUUAAUCUCGAGAAAUUAAAUAUGGAUGAGAGAAAAAGAGGAAGAGAUUGUAGUGAAGCAAUAAUAAAUAUUGAAGACCCACUAAUUCCAUCUCAAUAACCUCAAUUUCUAUAACUUCUAAUAGACAUUUUAAUUUCAAAAUUUAGGGAAAAUGAAAUUAAUUUCCCAAGCUAUUAUCAUUUCAAACAUAAGAGUAUGAAAUGAAAUUGUCACAUAAAAAAUGAAAUUGGAAAUUGAAU